AUGUAUGACGAAAAACUGAUGCUAAAAAAAACGGCAGAUCAUAUUACAUUGGGAACAUUUGUAACACUCAGUUGUGUUCUGAUGGUACCAAUUUUCUGUAACUAUAUUCAAACCAUACAUUCGGCUCUCCAAACAGAACUCAACUUUUGUAGGACAUUCAAAGAGUACCUAAAACAACAGGGUUUGCAGAUUCUAACGCAACAUCAAGAACAACGACGAAAGCGUCAAGCAGAAGUUUGUUGUGGUUGUGGUUAUUCACCUCCAGGGCCGUCAGGUCCACCUGGUCCAGACGGUCUUGACGGUCCCGACGGCGAGCAGGGACCUCCGGGUAAAGAUGGUUCAGAUGCACCAAUGAUUCUUCCACCAUCCACUUUCGAGUGGUGUUUCGAAUGUGAGCUGCCACCGCAAGGACCUCCCGGUCCAACUGGUAAACCCGGGCCCAGAGGACCAAAUGGAAAUCCUGGGUUGCCAGGGCCACAAGGAACACGUGGAGCAAGAGGUCCAGCUGGACAGCGAGGACUGACAGGGCCGAGAGGUCCUAAAGGUAAACCUGGAGGAAUUAUGACUACUUACGGUGCGCCUGGACCGAUUGGGCCCCCUGGUCCUCGAGGACCACCAGGUCCAAGAGGCUUGCCAGGCAGAACCGGAUGUGUAGGUCCAAAUGGACCACAAGGAAUCAGAGGUAAUCCCGGUUUAACUGGACCUGAUGGAGUUCAGGGGCCAGUUGGAAUUCAAGGAAUCACUGGUGUAGCAGGAGCUGCACAAAACUGUCAGCGUUGUCCGCCACCUGUUUUACCGCCAAACUAUUUUAUAGUAUCUUAA